AAUUGUAUCUUUCAUUUCUUGACGUAUCUUGCUUCUUGAAAGGUGUUCUCGUGAAUUGUGCUAAUUGUUCUCUGCAAAAAUGGUUUUGGGAAAUUUAGAUACUGAAGAAAUGAAAAUUUGCAAAAUUUUAAUAUCCAUCAUUAACGUCUUUGGAAACGAUGGUUUGCUUCUGGACGAAGUUGAAAGGGAGUUCAUAAAGUAUUGUGGAUUCGCCAUUCCAUACAAAAAAUUUGGCGCAGAAAGUCUAAAAUCUUGGAUAGUAACUUUGCCGGAUAUAUAUCUGGUAAAAGAUGCCCACAACAAUGACAUUCUGAUUCAGCAAAGUAUGAAGUCUAUUCAUAUCAAAGAUUUGAUUUCACAACAGAAAUCGAAUCGACGCUCUUCAAAAUGGAAUAAUUAUAAUAAACGUUAUGAACAAAACACUCAACUACAAAGAAACAGCGAACCACACUCUAUGCCGUAUGGAUCUUUCAUUCACAGUUCCAUCAACACGACAGCUAUAAAUGACUGCGAAAGAUUCGAAACAUUUCAGCGAUUGGAAUCAAUGUUGCCUCUGUUCUAUAAACAUCAGGCUCUUGGUGAUGAUUUCUUUUUAGACAUUGCGGAUACUAAGCUUGGAUAUUAUGUACCCGAAAAUGCAGGACCCAAAGAAUGUGGAUUAUGCAUUGCUGGUCAAUCUAUUAGUGACCUUACAGAGAAGGUCAAAAAUGCCAUUCAUUUGGCACCAAGGGUUGUCGUGAUGAUAGGCUUUAAAGAUUUAUUACAGAAUCGAAACGUCAAUAUUAUGAUAUAUAAUUUGAGACUUUUAGUAGAAGAACUGAAGAAAAAAAAUACUCGAGUAACACUGGUCACUUUAAUACCUUCCCCAAAACUACCAGACUUGAGAAAACUUCGAAAUAGAAUGGACGUUUAUAACAAAGCAAUAUUGGACUACGCUUGCGAUAAUGAAUUACGAUGCAACAUCAUUGACAUGAACGCCAUAUUUAAAAAAGAAACGGAAAUGUUUCGGAGAGAACAUGACAGAUUCAUGAAGAUUGCCAAAAAUGAUAUUUACAAGGUAUUUUCAGAUUAUGGCAGAAAAAUAUUUUUGAGUACUUUAAAGACAUGUUUGAGAGAACAGCUGGAAGCUGGUCACUAAUCAUAGAAAAAUUAGACUAGUUUUAAGUAGUUAGUUAUUUUUUAAAUGCUUUUUAUGACAAAAACAUGAUAUAUAUGUAAGGUAUUGAGGGAGCAUUAAAAACUGCUUUUCUCAAUUUGAAAAUCAUCCGGGUAAUCGGCUCCAUUUCGUUUGCAUAAUGUAAGUGCACAAACGUUAUGACAUUCGGAAUGUUAGCAGAGUCACCUUCGGGUUACUUUCAAAUUAUUAAUUCAGUUUUGAAAUAUGGUCAUACAUAUAUAGAAAAAUAUAUAUAUAUAUAUAUGUACCAACGAAUGAAUGAAUAACAAAAAUACUGAGUUUCUGAAGUACUUAUUUGUUGUUUUAUGUAUGUAUAUGUUGAGUUUAUAUGUAUUUAUUGUAUAAUUAGAUUCUAAGUGUCUC